AUGAAAUGGGAUGAAUAUGGGAAGACAUGUGAUGAAGUAGAUGAGAAAUUAAGCGAAUGUAGUGUUGAUUCUAGUGAUGAAUAUGUAAGGGGUGUACAAUUUGAUGAUAGUGAGGAGGAGAAGAUGAAAGGGUUUGAUGAAUCUGUGAGGGGUGUACACUUUGAUUCUAGUGAUGAAUCUGUGAGGGGUGUACACUUUGAUUCUGGCAUGCCCAAGAAACUACGCAAGAGAGAACUUGAUGAGGUAAACCAAACAAAAUGGAAAAGAACAAAUACCAGUCAUAGGUGCAAAACAUGUUAUGAACUAGGCCAUAACAAUAGAACUUGCAAGAAAAAUAAGCAGAUUGUGCUUGUUCCAUCUGGAAAUACAAUAGAGGAUCUGCCUAGAUAUGAGCUGCCUACACAGGCCAGUCAGACUAGCCAAGUCCAUUUGGCACCCCAAAAAGGGGAUGAUGAUGUUUUGGACAUUCAGCCUUUGAGUGUUGACACAUCACCUAUAAAUCCAAGUGAAUCAAAGUCAAGUGGUGUCAGAGUUUUCUUUGGUAAAAAACCAAAAGUUUGCAAAAAUAAACCUUUCAAACCCCGAGGAUUAUAUUCGCCAAAGCCAAGUUGCAGUGAACCAGAGAGUAUUAAAACAUGUUCUGUAUCAAAAAGUUGGGCAGACAUUUGCAAGAGGCUAACUCAGUGA